AUGGGUGAAGGGGAUCAAUCGUCCGUGACCAAAAGUGGCACAACGGACAGCAGAAGCGUUGCCAAUGCGACGCCGUACUCCUUGCAUGCCUCCGAUAAUCCUGGAGCCAUGAUCACGUUGGUGACGUUGACGGGAGAAAAUUACAGUGAAUGGUCAAGUGAGAUGACCAAUGCUCUCCGUGCAAAACGGAAACUAGGGUUCGUUGAUGGCUCGAUACCGAAGCCUCUCGCAGACGACACUAACUUGGAGCUUUGGCUCUCGGUUAAUUCGAUGAUUGUGGGAUGGAUUCGUACAUCUAUUGAACCUCGAGUACGGUCUACUGUUACGCUUGUACAAGACUCUCAUAAGCUUUGGGAGAAUCUGCGCAAACGGUUCUCAGUUGGUAACAAGGUGCGAGUUCAUCAUCUCAAAGAGCAGCUCGCAUCAUGUCGACAGGAUGGACAACCUGUCAUUGAGUUCUUUGGGCGUUUGUCCAAGUUAUGGGAAGAGCUGGAUAUGUACUCGCCACUUCCAAGCUGUACUUGUUCAGCGGCUUUGGAGAUAGAGAAAGCGAGAGAGGCAGAGAAGAUGCAUCAGUUUGUAAUGGGUCUUGAUGAGACGCGGUUCGGAGGAAUAUGUCAAUCUAUCAUCUCGUCAGAUUCUGAGAUGGACAUUGGAGAGAUAUAUGCAAAAGUUGUCCGAGAAGAACAGCGUCUUAACUCGGCCAAGGAUAGAGAGACGCAGCAAAACACGGUUGGGUUUGCUACCAAGGCUGAAACAGAGCAAGCCACAUCACGUCCAGGUUCUGUUAGCUCUGGUGUUAGUUCGGGAAGACGAUCUCCGUGUGCUCACUGCGGGAGAACUGGUCAUGACAAGACUACCUGUUGGCAACUCAUCGGGUACCCCGACUGGUGGGAAGAACGAGCUCCGUCGAAUAGAGGAAGCGGUGGAGCAAGUAGAGGUGGUAGUAGAGGAGGUCGUGGUCGUGGGUCUCCUGGUUUUGAUCGCUCGCGCAACACUGGAACUCGGAUGAUUAAUGAAAGAGCACGCCCAUCUUCUGACAAGCUCUCCGGUAAGACUAGACAUGGUGAUCUUAUACUAGAUACUGGAGCGUCUCACCAUAUGACUGGAGACUUUGCUUUGUUAGUAAAUACAUCUGCGAUACCACCUUGUCCAGUAGGGUUCGCAGAUGGCAACAAAACGUUUGCUACUCAUAUCGGGAAUCUCCCGUUGACAGAUCGUGUCACACUGGAGAAAGACCGUUUUACGAGGACCCUGAUUGGAGCCGGUAGAGAGCGAGAUGGGGUAUAUUACUUUCAAGAUGUCAUGGCUGCAAGGGUUCAUCGUAUGACUGGUUCAGUUGGACCAUAUCGAACUCGUUCCUCAAGUGGUGCAGUUUAUUUCUUGACUAUUGUAGAUGAUUACUCUAGAGCUGUGUGGACAUAUCUGCUUCUCGAAAAAUCUGAAGUCAAAACUGUACUUCAAAACUUCUGCACAAUGACGCACCAACAGUUCGGAAAACCGGUCAAGAUUGUGCGAUCGGACAAUGGCACUGAGUUUACUUGUCUUGGUAGUUAUUUUCGGCAACAUGGUGUAGUACAUCAAACAUCAUGUGUUGCAACGCCUCAGCAGAAUGGGCGUGUUGAAAGAAAACAUAGACACAUCUUGAAUGUUUCUCGAGCAUUGUUGUUCCAAAGUAAGUUACCGGUUAAAUUUUGGGGCGAAGCGGUCAUGACAGCAGCUCAUGUGAUCAAUAGAACGCCUACUAAGGUUCUCCAAGGGCGAUCUCCGUAUGAGAUAUUGUAUGGUACUAAGCCGCAGUAUGAGCAUCUUCGAGUUUUUGGGAGCUUGUGCUAUACGCAUCAUCGUUCUCGUGAUAGAGAUAAAUUUGGACCAAGAAGCCGGAGAUGCAUCUUUGUUGGGUAUCCAUUUGGACAGAAAGGCUGGAAAGUAUAUGACUUGGAGAAGAAGGAGUUUAUCAUAAGUCUAGAUGUUGUUUUUUAUGAAACUGAGUUCCCGAUGGCUUCGGCUCUUGUUUCACCUCAGCCAUCUCUCUCUUCUCCGACUGCGUACUCUGAUGAUGAUUGGCUGUUACAAGCAGAGUCGGAGCAGAUGUUAGACGAAAGGGGGAGUAUUAAUAUUGAUCUCUCUCAUGCGCCGGAACCAGUUACAGACGAUGCUCUGUCUUCGCGUGAUCUUACCGAAACAGAGCAUACGACAGGAUCUCUUCCACCACUACCAGUAUUCCCUGCUGUCUCGACUACUACUCAGCAGCCUCCGGAAGAAGUGUUAGGACGGGGUCAACGGGUUCGUGCCCCUCCUGUUAAGUUUCGAGAUUAUGUGGCUUACAACACAGCCUGCAUACAUACCCAUCUCGCUCCUACUCCUACAGAUCCAUCAGUGUCGUCUAAUUCGGUCUCUGGUAAGACACCGUAUCCCUUGGUUGAAUAUCUCUCUGAUUUGCCAUUCUCACCUUCGCAUCGAGCGUUUCUUGCAGCAGUGAAUGCAGGUGUGAUUCCGAAAAGCUAUAAAGAAGCUGUAAAACAAAAAGUCUGGCGUGUUGCCGUUAAAGAUGAAGUUGGGGCACUUGAGGAUCAAGGAACAUGGGAUGUUACUGAUCUCCCGCCAGGCAAAGUCGCACUUGGUUCCCAUUGGAUCUUCACGAUUAAAUAUAACUAG